AGUGGGCAUAAUGAAAAUGCACAGGAACACAUUUUCUACAUUUCAAUGCAUUGCACGAAGAGCCGUCUCUGAAAUACAUCAAACAUUCAUCUCGCCACACAGUGUAUUUAUAAUGGACAUCGUAUCCUGCUUUCAUUGUUAUCAAUAAUAUUGUUCUUAACGUAUAUUUUCUUCAGAAUAUAUUUUAGUUUUUUCUGCUUUUCUGUUUCAUUUUCAAGGUUUUAAAAUCGGGAUAUAGCCUGUUAUUUUGUAACUGAAAUGGCUUGUGUUGUAUUAAUUUAAUGUAGUACUGUACUGUAUUCACAUUAUACCAUGGCUGCUAGUUUGUAGUGCUGGGAGGGUCGCUGAAGUAGGUUAGAGGUAGGAUAAAAAUGAUUUUUUUUAAAAAAUAUCAUUUUAAAAGCUAGUUUCCCUGAUGGAAUUUGGUAUGUUCUAAAACAAUACGCACCCAAGCUCUGUAAAGGGUUAAUAGACGCUGUUGUGACGUCUGACUCACAAUUUGCCCAGUGCAUUUUUUUUUAUUUUUUUUUUUGCAAUGUGCAAAUUUUUUUCCCCCUAGUGACUUUGCAAUGAGAGAGAAGCAAAUCUACAUCAUCACCAGCAAUAAAAAGGGAUGCAGAUUCUUUUUUUUUUUUCAACGUUUGCAUCUGAAUAAAAACAAACCCUUAAAACUCCAAACAGAUUGAGGUGAUUCCCAUCUCAGGAAGGAGAAGAGGACCAGGAACAAUGUAUCUGCAUCUACAGACCUGGGCUGAAACAUUGCAGCAGCAAAUAUAACAAACAACCAACUGCUGCUGCAGUUCUGUCUUUAUUUAUUUAUUUAUUUAUUUAUUUAUUUAUUUAUUUAUUUAAUUUUGAAGUCUUUUCUGUGCAUUUAUUUUUUAUUUUAUUUGUGCUGGUAGAGGAUGUCUGGCCGUCUUAUGGUAUUGGCAGAAAGGGUCUGUGACUUGCACGGAUUUCCUUGAGGGGAAAUCUUGGACAAUUUUGGUUAAUUUAUUUGUUUGUUAUUUAUUGCCUUUUCUGUGGUUUUUUUCUAUUUUUUUUUUUUUUGGUCCAAAGGCAGUUGGAUUACUGGAACUAAAGGACUGUUGGAAAUGUUGGGUCUUCAGGAAGACACAUUGUGUGGAUUUGUUUCUGCUUUGGCAGCUUUGUGUUGUGUCUGCUGUGCUAGUCAAAGCUCCUCCAAUGGGAACAUAUCUGUGGUGAAAAACACGGUGGACAAGCUGCUGGAGGGAUAUGACAUCCGCCUGCGACCAGAUUUUGGAAGUGCUCCUGUUACUGUGGGAAUGAGCAUUAACAUCGCCAGCAUCGAUGCGAUAUCGGAAGUUAACAUGGAUUACACGAUUACAAUGUAUUUCCAACAGAGCUGGAGAGACAAGCGCUUAGCAUACACGGCACUGUCCCUCAACCUCACCCUGGACAACCGUGUGGCUGAUCAGCUGUGGCUCCCGGACACCUACUUUCUAAACGACAAGAAAUCCUUCCUCCACGGAGUGACAGUGAAGAACCGCAUGAUCCGGCUCCACCCGGAUGGAACGGUCCUGUAUGGUCUCAGAAUAACUACAACAGCUGCCUGCAUGAUGGAUCUGCGGAGAUACCCCCUGGAUCAGCAGAACUGCACCCUUGAAAUAGAGAGCUACGGCUACACCACAGACGACAUUGUGUUCUUCUGGCAAGGGGGGAACAACGCUGUGACUGGGGUGGACCGUCUGGAGCUGCCUCAGUUCUCAAUCAUGGAGCUGAGGUUGGUCUCCAAGGAAGUGGUGUUUGCCACAGGUUCCUAUCCAAGGUUGUCUCUUAGUUUCAGGUUAAAGAGAAAUAUUGGUUACUUCAUUCUGCAGACAUAUAUGCCUUCUAUCCUUAUUACUAUCCUGUCCUGGGUUUCCUUUUGGAUAAACUACGAUGCCUCUGCUGCGCGAGUGGCCCUGGGUGUUACCACGGUGCUCACCAUGACAACCAUCAACACCCACCUGCGGGAGACUCUCCCGAAGAUCCCCUACGUGAAAGCCAUCGACGUCUACCUCAUGGGCUGCUUCGUGUUCGUGUUCCUGGCCCUGCUCGAAUACGCCUUCGUCAACUACGUUUUCUUUGGCCGGGGCCCCCAGCAGCAGAAGAAACUAAACGAGAAGCUGAAUAAGGCAAACAACGAGCGGCCUCGUUAUGAGGAGAAGCGCCUGCGAGAGCAGGAAUCCAUUUCAGCGCAGUAUCAAACCAACACCAUCAGGUCAUAUUCACAGCGAAGGAAUCUGUAUCUCGAAGAACAAAGAAAAGUUGGGGUUGACCCUUACGGAAACAUUCUUCUUACUACCCUGGAAAUUAACAAUGAGGCGCUGCCCUCCGAAGUGGCCAGCAGUGUGAGUGACUCCAGGAAUUCGGUCAUGUCCGUGGACAGCUCCGGGGUCCAGUUCAGGAAGCAGCUGGCCGCUCGGGAUGGAUUUGGACAGGCCACUCUCGAUCGCAGCGCUGCCCGCACUCGUGCCAACUGCCGUCUGCGAAGGCGCUCGUCCAAGCUGAAGUUAAAAAUACCCGACCUGGCUGACGUCAGCACCAUUGACAAGUGGUCGAGAAUCAUAUUUCCUAUAAUGUUUGGAUUUUUCAAUUUAGUCUAUUGGUUAUACUAUGUGAAUUGAUGUGCGUCUCCCAGGAGGCUUGGGCCAUACUUUGAGAGCACAGAAAUCUGGCUUUUGAGACUACUGAACAUAUUUAAGAAAAAAACAAUGAAAUGUAAAAGACCUUACCGAUGUAAAAAAAAACAAAACAAAAUAAAAAAAGAAUGACUUUAAUGUUUAAAAGAAUUCUCAAAAAAAAAAUGUAUAAAAAAAAAAAAAAAUAAUAAUAAUAAUAAUAAUAAUACUACUAAUAAUAAUCCCACGAUGGAUUUCGACAAGCCUGCAUGGUAUUUUUGCUAAUAGAAAUAGAGAGUUCUUGAGCAGAGACAUUUCAAGCUAGCUCAUUGGAUUGGUUCUCAUUUCUACAUAUUCUGGUCAGCAUAUCUUCAGCAGCACAUGAAACUGGAAUCAGCUGUACGACUCACAAGCAGUGUAUGAAUGGUUUCUCUUAUCAUGGAUGGAAGUACAGAAUCCUCUAUUUUUACUCUGUAUAAUAACUUUUUGGAAUAUGUGUUUUUCCUCGGUUUUCUUCAUUGGACACGUGGCUCUUUGAAUGGCCUAGGUUUGGUACCCAUCUCAAGCAAUGCUACCUGAUACAGCAGGCCAUAUUACAAAGAAUUAACUUGGCAGUUAUUUACUGUUUGGAUAACAUGGUGUUCUGAAUGCAUCAAACUUUUCUAGAAUGUUAAAGACGCAGCCUAGAACAGUUUAAUACAUUUCAGACUAAUCCAGUAAAACAUAAAUAACAGUGUGUUAUUGUUAAAUAGUGUCAAGAGUCUAAAUGUGUUGAUUUUCUUCUCAUAAUGUUUUGGAGCAACUUCUUGGGGUAUUUUUCUUUUGUCUUUUAAAAAUAAGCAGUGUUUUGGGAGAUUGUCACCUUCACAAGCGCUAGGAUUUGUAGAGAGGCACAUUUAGACAUACUUGCUUUGUAUAAAAAAUGACUUUAACAUGUAAUGUAUAUUCUUUCAAUCACUAAACUCAUUAAUUGUAUCACCAUGAGAAUGUUUUUUGUCAAGUGCGGUUCUGUAUUAUUUCUAUGAAGUGGUUUUGAGUAAUCCACCUGUGUAGAUCUUCAUACAUUUCAUAGAUACUGGAGAUGAAACUCAUGACCAGCAUUUGAGUUAAACCAACUACAUUUGGGAAAGAAGUAUCAUUAUACAAGGGGUGAAAUAUAGGAAGUAGCUUUUUAGAAUCUACCUUGAUUAAAAUCCAACGGCAGAAUAGCUGGGCAAAUUGCACUGUGCCAAAUUGAUCCUGAGCUUGAAUUUUCUGAAUUCAGCAGAUUAAUUUAGGGUCAAACUUAUUUUCCAUACAUGGUACUUAUUCUGUUAUAUGAACAGAAUAGCCCAUGAACGUACAUGGAGAGCUGCUGUGUUUAUCUAACUCAUGAAGAUCGCCUUAAACAAUAUUACAACAGUUUAUCUGGCCUUUCUUAUUCGCCGGAUAAUUCCUUGAACAUUCAUGGAGUAGCCUCUAUUGACGUUUGAAAUAUAACCCUGCAUAUAAUUAUCAGAUGUAGCAUAAUGUAUACCACUGUACUUGGUUAACUCCUGGAAAUAUUAAAUCAUUACAGUAAUUAAGAAAUAACCCCACUUCAUUGGAAACCUGUAUUUGUGUGUGUGUGUGUGUUUAUAUAUAUAUAUAUA